CUGGAAGGACGGCGAUGUGGUGGUGUGCUGUUGUUGUUGUGCUUGUGCUGGUGGCUGGUGGCGGUGUGGUGGACGCACUGGACCUGCACUUGGUGGACAAGGGCAUCGCAAACGAGUACAACGCACGAUGCUUGGACGGAAGCCUGCCCGCGUUUUACUUCUCGCCUGCUUCCAACAAAACCCACUCCAACGACUGGGUGCUCUACUUCCGCGGAGGUGGUUGGUGCUACACUGAAGCAGAGUGUGCACAGCGGGCAAAGACGCAGCUUGGUAGCAGCACUCAGCUUGGCAAGACGUUCAACUACAAGGGCGGAUACCUUGCGCCAGACUCGACCGUCAAUCCAGUGUUCUCGGGGUUCAACCGCGUUCUGCUGUGGUACUGCGAUGGCGCCUCGUUCUCUGGCAACAGGGCGCAGCCUGUCGUGCAUAACAACCAAACGCUGCACUACCGCGGGUUUGCGAAUCUGCGAGCCAUCCUCGCUACCCUGGCCAAGGAUCACGGCUUCGGCAGCGCACGGCAGGUGCUGCUGUCUGGCGGCUCGGCAGGCGGGCUGGCCACGUUCCUCCAUGCCGACACCGUGCGGGCGAUGCUGCCACGGACUGCCACCGCGUUCAAGGCGUCCCCUGUGAGCGGAUUUUUCCUUGAGCAUGAUGAUGCCGGCGGCCAGCCGCUGUACCCGGACCGCAUGCGCAACGUGUUUGCCAUGCAGAACUGCUCUGCUGGCGUAGACCAGUCGUGCAUCAAGGCAAACGCACAUGACCCGAGCGCGUGCAUGUUUGCGCAGCACACGUACCCGCACAUGGAGUCGCCCAUCUUCCUGCUGCAAUCCCUGGUGGACGCGUGGCAGAUGGGCAAUGUGUUUCCCGCAAACGCCAGCUGGAAGGACUGCGCAAACACGGGCGAGUUUCAGCACUGCAGCACGCAAGAGAUUGCACAGCUAAACGCGUUUGGGUUCACCAUGCUGCACGCCCUCAACGGCACGCGCACGUUUUCCUCACCAGGCAACGGCGGCUUCUUCUACAGCUGCCGCACACACGUCGCGGCGCAAGGGAGCGCGUGGGAGAAGUUCACAGUUGAAGGCGUGGUGAUGCGUGAUGCCGCCAACGCGUGGUGGCUCGACAGCACAACUGCACCCGCUGCCAAGCACACACACCUCCAGCCCAAGCUCCUGCAGCCACACACCCCACACCAGACCAACCCCACGUGCUCGUGAAAUGCCAUUCCGCCGCUGCGAGCAACUGCUUCAUUCAUGAUGGCAUCGUUACAAUCACCACCGCCACCGCCACCGACACGAGAGUUACACACGCACAAUGAACACAACAGACAAG